AUAAUGGCUAUGGAAAAUGACUCUUCAGUAACCGAGUUCCUCCUGGCAGGAUUUACAGACCAGCCCCAACUCCAGUUACCCCUUUUCUUCCUCUUCUUACUGAAUUAUAUGGUCACUAUGGUAGGGAAUUUGGGCCUAAUUAAACUAAUAUGCCUGAAUUCCCACCUUCACACUCCCAUGUACUUUUUCAUCUUGAACCUGUCCUUCAUUGAUCUCUGCCACUCUUUGGUCAUUACCCCCAAAAUGCUGAUGAGCUUUGUGUCUGAGAAGAACAUCAUCUCCUUUGCAGGAUGUAUGUCUCAGCUGUUUUUUUUCUGUUUCUUUGUCCAUUCUGAAUGCUAUGUGUUGACAGCCAUGGCCUAUGAUCGCUACAAGGCCAUCUGUAAGCCCCUCAUGUACACGGCUGCCAUGUCCCCUCAGGUCUGUUUUCUGCUGAUGUUUGGUUCCUAUGUAAUGGGGUUUGCUGGGGCCAUGGUUCACACAGGGAACAUGGUCAGAUUGUCCUUCUGUGAUUCCAGCAUCAUCAAUCAUUACAUGUGUGACAUCUUCCCCCUCCUCCAGCUCUCCUGUAGUAGCACCUAUAUCAAUGAGCUGGUGGACUCCAUUAUUGUGAGCACAGUUGUAAUAAUAUCCAGCUUCAUUAUUUUCAUUUCUUAUGCUUUGAUCCUCUGUGAUUUCCUCCACAUCUCUUCAGCUCAGGGUUGGUCCAAAGCCUUCAGCACCUGUGGCUCUCACAUAAUAACUGUUGCCCUCUUCUAUGGGUCUGGGUUGUUCACACAUCUCAAGACCUCUUCUGUUGGUUCUGUGGCCCAGGGGAAAUUCUUCUCAGUAUUUUAUACCAAUGUUGUGCCCAUGCUGAACCCCCUCAUCUAUAGUCUAAGGAACAAGGAUGUCAAGCUUGCUCUGAAGAAAACCCUGAAGAGAAUUGCAAAUUAA